AUGAAGGUGGGCGACACAGGAUACCUGAAACUGGCCGAUGCCAAACUCGAUCCGGAAUGGCGGCAGGGAGUGGUCGUCGAUCGCGCUACGGAUGGAGCGCUCAAGAUUGCAGUACGAAUCACUGCGGACGAGCGCCAUCAUUGUGCUGCUUACUUCGGUUUCGAUGCCAACAAACGCCACUUCAUAUUAGUAGCAGGCGGUGCCCGACAACUUGUUUCGGCGUGUCCCGAGCACCAUCUGGCUUUAGAGAUGAAGGCUUCAAAGCUCGUAGAACAGGCGGGUUCUUUCCUGGAGAGUUGCCUUGCAGACACCAGCGAAGAGCAUGUGUUUGCCACCGCGUCGGAGGACAUAGACAACCCCAAACCUACAGCGACCCGUGCUUCGGUCAGGACGCAGCAGAGGCCUGCUCUCGACUUCGAGGAGGGGGUGGACGACGAGUCUUCAAGUGUAGACUCUGGUUCAGGCGAAGAAGACCCCGUGAAAGUGUUGCUUCGGGCUCAAAGGAAGCUUGGCGCUUCUUCUACAGACAGAGGACGAGGACUCGCUGCUUCAACACUGGACAAAGCCACGAAGGGUCAAAGCCGGUACCCGCUGCUGUCGACAGGGAGCAGCCGCAAGAAGGACGAGGACCACCAGGACUUGAAGACUGCGUUGCAGCAAACGGCCAGUUCGACGGCCGCCGGUUCGGCGGACGAAUCUUUCAAGCUCCGCUUCAAUUUGAACUCGAGUUCGGGAGGUCGAGACAGCCGCUCUGCAAAGGACAAGGAUGCCGCCAAGGCUCUCCGGCAGUUCCACGACUCGAAGCGUCGCAUGUUCAAGCACCCACUCAAGCAUGCUCGACGCUACUUGAAAGAGGUAGAAGAGCAACUAGGCGACGGAGACGACAUCUCCUAUCGCCUGGUAGAUUACACACGCAAAAUCUACUGGGGGAAGCAGCGAACACUCCAGAGAGUGCACGUCCUGCUGCACGAGAUCCUCCGCCUGAUGCUGCAGAAUCGCUUCGAAAAGGCCGUUUUCCAGACGGUGCUCAGCCUCCGAGCGGUUCACCAGUGCAGCCUCGACAACGGAAGAUGGGACCCAUUUCAGAGGAGACGGUGGGAUGGAGAAACUCAGGAGGUCGAGGUCGUCGCAACUUUCGUCAAGGCGUUGGAGGACUUGGAGAAGAAGACUCGUCAGAUACGGUUCUUCGACGGAGCGCAGCACGAGGACGAGGAGCAGACCGACGACAAGCCGAACAAGGGAAAGCCAAAGGGAGGCAAGGGCGGGCAGAAAGGCCAGCCCAACCCGUGA